GCACAGAUAGAUAAACAGGAGCUGCUCCCUGCGCCCAGUGAAAGGAAGCCGGCUAUGCUAGGCUAAUCUAGGCUAAACCCUAAAAAUAACCGGAUUAUUCUGUGUUUUACGGACAAAAGCGAAAUUUUCUUCUAUUUAAACAGAAGCGGAUUUAUAAUGAAGAAUUGCUGCGUCCGCGGGUGAACUUUAUUACUCAUAAAAAUACGACCGACCUGCGUUACUAGAAUAAAGCGUAAGCUAGCUAAAUAGCCAUUUAGCCUUGUACCUGCCUUUAGCCUGAUGGGUAACUGUUAGUUAUCUAGUGAACUAGUUAGCUAAGCUAAAUAACUUGAUAGGGGUGUCUAAAUGAGCUAAAGGGUGGCUAGGUUUCAAAGCAAAUACAUCUAUUUAUCUACCUACUUAAUUUUCUUAAACCUUAAUUAGGAUUAUUAGCUAACUAGCCAACCUAAACAAGUGACUUUUGGUUUGUUUACUAGACAGAUACUAGAGUUAGCUGACCCAGCUAAGUUAUCCUAUUUAGGUUAACUAACGUUAGCUAAUAUUGCUGGGUUAAAAGUAAGGGUCUGUCAAUAUGAAAAUAUUAAAGUCGUCAAUAUACAAUACAAUAUACACUCCUGAUCUUGUCUUAAAUAUUAUUUGUGUUUAAAGAGCACUUGCCAGCUUCUGGUAGCUGUCUGCUUAAUGUUGCCCUGAGGCAACACAUCAAAAACAUCAGUUUUAAUAGAUAAAUAAAAACAAAACAGCCGAAAUAGGCUUUUAAAUAGGCUUUCACAAUAUACAUCUUUACAUUUUAAACCAGCUGGGGAACAGUGUAAUAAUCAAAAAAAGCCAUUAAGGGUUAAGUGGCAUUUUCUCUAAAAAGGCAUUUUGUCUGCUUGUCAAAAUAUCAUGAUUAAUAAUUUUUAUCGUGAAAGUGUCUUUAAAAUAAUAAAGAUAAUAUUUUCAUAUUUAUAUUUUAUCACCAGCCCUAAGAAAAACAUAAUGGGUGAUAUCAGGAUCAGCAAACAUUUCUACAGACAAGUCUAUAUAAUUUACAAUAUGUUGAUAAUGUAAAUAUCAUGACAUGCAGGCCUAUACCUUAUAUAAAUAAAAUCAAAUAGAAUAAAAAUAGUGUUUUCAAACUAAAUUGACAUACAGGCUCUUUAACAUUAAUGGACUCUUCUUGAUAAGUAAAGGUUUUGUGGGUGUAUUAAUUGUAGAAUUUAUUCUACAAUAAAUCAAUAAUGUAAUUAUCGUGACAGGCAUACACACAGGCUAUAUCCCUGUUUUGGAAACCUUUUAAAGUAAUUUUUAAGCAGUUAACCUAAGUAUUUUAGUAUCUAUAAUGUAAAAUAAAACUGCUAGAUUUUUUUUUACAGUAUAUAAUAUAUAGAGCCACAAAAAUUGAGCUUGAUUUGUUCUGAUUAUGCCAUUAUUGAGAUGAUUAUGUUUUGUAGCUAACUAACUAAACUGUUAUUGGUCUACCGUAGAUUCAAUUGUGAGAUUCUUAUCCACUUAUUUUAAUAAAGCUAAUAAUUAAGCUAAUUAAGUAUUAAGUAUUGAACAUUGGAAACUGAGGGCAGAAAUGUAGGUUUUUUUGCAUUGUCUUUCUUUGGACAAGAAGCUACGUACUGUCUAAAAAGAAAUGUCCCUCAGAACCCUAUGGAUCAAACUGGCUGUACCCACAUUUGUACAAUUCUGUAAAAAUAGAGAAAGGUGAUACUGGUUUCAAUCCCACCUCUCAGAAUAAUGAAUGCCCCAUUUGAAGAUGAGAAACCCCUCUUUCAUACGAACCAGAAGCCUCCUGGUCCAUCUGAACCAUUUGUCCUGUCCAAAAAUGGGCAUCAAGUACCGUACACUAUUAACAGGUACCUAAGAGAUUACCAGCGGGAUGGAGUUAAAUUCAUUUAUGACCGAUACAUGAAGUCCAGAGGCUGCAUCCUGGGUGAUGACAUGGGCCUUGGAAAGACUGUCCAGGUCAUCAGCUUCCUGGCUGCUGUUCUGCAGAAAACAGGGACCUGGGAGGAUGUGGAGAAUAACAGGCCAGAUUUUUUGCAGUCACAGAGAUCCUGCAAACAGUCCAAAUUAAAGAAGGUGUUUCUGAUUGUGGCUCCCCUGUCUGUGCUGUACAACUGGAAAGAUGAGUUGGACACUUGGGGCCACUUCAAAACUGUUGUAGUACAUGGUGUCAAGAAGGAAGAGGAACUGACCCGAGUAAACAGAGGAAAAUGUGAGAUUGCACUGACCACCUAUGAGACCCUCAGACUCUGUCUAGACCAGUUUAACAGUAUUGACUGGGCUGCUGUCAUUGUGGAUGAAGCUCAUAAGUUAAAAAACUCCAAGUCCCAGAUCACUCAGGCAAUGAAGGAGAUGAAAUGUAAAGUGCGGGUGGGACUGACUGGUACAAUCCUCCAGAACAACCUGGAGGAACUCUGGUGUGUCAUGGACUGGGCCAUCCCUGGGUGUCUCGGUUCCUUGGGUUGUUUUAAGAACAGGUUCUCUGACCCCAUUGAACAGGGUCAGAAACACAGUGUGACGAAGAGGGCCUUAGCAGAGGGUCGCAAGGCUGUUCAGACUCUUGCUAAAAGACUGUCCCGCUGGUUCCUCAGGAGAACCAAGGCCCUCAUCAGCGACCAGCUCCCCAGAAAAGAUGACCGGGUUGUGUAUUGCUCUCUGACAGACUUUCAACAGACAGUGUACCGUGCUGUGCUGGACACCAAUGAUGUGAAACUUCUGCUGCAGAGCUCGGCGAGAUGUCACUGUGGCAGCGGACGCACCAGAAAAAAAUGCUGCCACAAGUUCAAUUCAGAUGGGGUACCAGUCAGACACAUGUAUUUCAGCUAUCUGGCUAUACUAAGGAAGGUGGCCAAUCAUGUUGCUGUGUUGCAAACAAAAGAAGGAACUAGUAAAAAACAGGAGAAAUACGUGGCUGAUAUCUGUGAACAAGUCUUUAAGAAGUUUCCAGAGUUUAUGGAAAGAUGCAAGCAGGCAGCCUUUGAGGCCAUGUCCGACCCUAUCUACAGUGGAAAGAUGAAGGUUCUGCAAAGGUUAAUGAAUCACUUCAUCAAAAGAAAAGACAAAAUUCUCCUUUUUUCAAUGUCAACUAAGCUCCUGGAUGUUCUGGAGAGCUACUGCAUGGCUGAGGGUCUUGAAUACCGCAGGCUGGACGGAACCACGAAGGCUAAAGAUCGUGUCCACAUCGUCAAAGAAUUCAACAGCUCAAGUGACAUCAAUCUGUGCCUGGUGUCUACCAUGGCCGGUGGUCUUGGACUCAACUUUGUUGGCGCUAAUGUUGUUGUCCUGUUUGAUCCGACGUGGAAUCCAGCAAAUGACCUUCAGGCUAUUGACAGGGCAUAUCGCAUUGGACAGUGUAAGGAUGUGACUGUCUUCAGGCUCAUCUCUUUGGGCACGGUUGAGGAGAUCAUCUAUUUGCGGCAGAUUUACAAACAGCAACUGCAGUCAUCAGUGAUCGGGAUGGAAAAUGCUCGGAGGUACUUUGAGGCAGUGCAGGGUGCAGAGGGCCAAGCAGGAGAGCUGUUCGGCAUCCGGAACCUCUUUCGGUUACAAACUGAUGGAACUUGCCUCACACACCGCAUCCUGGAGAGGGAGGGCCGGAUCGAGGUGGGGAUCAAGACGGCCAGAACGCAGGCAACGGAGGAGAGGAUGCGAGAGCCGGACCCAGUGCCUCUGUCUGGAGAUGCAGAGCAGGCUGGCAGUUCAGCUGGGACACGCAGCACCAGUGCCAGGCACGCCGAUGCUGGAGUCCUGGACUUCAGCAGUGCCAGUGAAGAUGAGGAUCCCUGUAGCUCCAGAUCCAAAGCCACAGACGCGAACGCAGGAGAUGAGCCUGGGGCGGGCACUGGCUGCGGAAACAUGGGCCUUUCUGCACUGCUGCAGAAACACGCAGCUCACAGGGCACAAAGGGGCUCAGACAGCAGCGACGAGAGCGAGACUGAGGGAAACUGGGAGGGCUGGGACCCAGUGGAGCCCCAAGCAGCUGAAAAGAAGGGUGCUCAAGCACGCUGGGCUUUGUCUAGUGACUCUGAGGAGGAGAGAGGAAAAGCUCCAGGCAAGAGAGUGCAUUCGUCUUCAGCAAAGCCUGCUGACCACCAUGCUGUGGACCACCAUGUGGACAUGGAGGACUCAGAGGAUCUUAACAUUCCUCAGAAAACUAACACUAAAGCACGGCAGAAGCAGAAGCAUAGCAAAUUCACAGUAAAAAGACAUGAGGAGGAGAUUGAGAGCUUUACCUCAUCUGAGGAUGAGGCUCCCGUGAGGAAGAUGUCUAAGUCUAAGACAGGUGUCAGUCAUGCCUCGUCUCCACACUACAAAAAAACAGUCCUCGGACCCCCUUUGAGUAUGCAGAGUGCUGCCCGAAAAUUAGUCAAGUUUACAGGCCUUAAAAGCCCAAUCACUCAAACAAGAGACUCAACAGCCAACAGCACUGGAACCAUAGACACUUUAUUAGGUGGGCUUCAGGAAGUCAGCUACUCCCACUCCAAUCAGAAGGUCGUGGGCUCGAGCAGGACUGAAAACCGCCUCAGCCGCGCUGCCUUACGAGACGUGUUCGAACUCAAAAAGCACUCCCAGCUCCCAGCAAACCACCUGCUCGACAUAUCUCAGACCCAGUCUGGUAACACCCAAUCAUCUAAUCAUACACCCACGGAUGGUGGAAGGAAAGACUCGAAACAGGCAAAUCAUGACCGGCCUCAUCUGCAGCAUCAGGUCUCUCACUUCAUCAGAACUUCCCACCACACCCAGAAUGCAACCAUUAGUGUCGGCGAGACACCCGCUGCAUUCUGCAAGCAACAGAUGGAAGAAAUGGCACGGUUCUUUAGAGCUAAGUCGGUGCAAGAAUUUGCGGAAGAACUUGUAAGCAGUACUUCAGCUGAGCGAUUGGCCAAACUACGCGGGUUCUACAGCCACAGGAACCCUGAACUCAGUGACCUCAUCAAACAAACUUUUCCUAAACCUGAAAAUAAGCCUAAAGCACCCGUUACACCAGCUUCUUCUACAUCCACUGCAACUAGGCAUAGAACUACCUCAAAAAGAACCCUCUCAGACUCAGCGCUGAGACCGCUGCAUGAGGAAGAGGAAGCAGAGGAAGACAGAAAAGGCAGAGAAACCAUGAAAAAGAACAGAGCGUCUAAUGCAGAGAGUGCAUUAAACCCAAAUUAUCGCUCCAAUGGUCAGACUCGACAAGGAAGAAAGAGCAGGAUUUUAUCUCCAGAGGCGAGCCGAAGCCCAACUGAACUACCUCAUAGUCCUUCUGGUACAGACAUUAAACCUCAAAAUGACAUUUUAACCAGGACAGAACGUAACCCUGGUCUAGCCCAAGUCACAAGACCUUCUAAAGAUAAACCUUCAACCUCUUCAGAAUUACCCUCUUCCUCCAGAGCUGCAGAACCAGGCGGUUCCCAACCAACCAAAAAUCUCAUCACUGAUCUCAUAGGUGACACUUCCAUUCUUGACGACCUCUUCAAACCAAAGAGAAGUGCAGACCGCCCAAAACCAGCUCCAGCACCCAUACCCUCGCCUACAGAGAGGACCAAGAACAGAGGAAAGGACUUCUGGGACAUUCUGAACGAGGGGAACGAGGAGAGCAUUAAUAAGCUAACGGACCUGACUCAGGUGGAGAAGUUCUGUAGGAGUGUGAGCGUUUCUGGAAGGUCCAAAAGUGAGAGUAGUCUUGAAAGCUCCCAGCUUUGGAAAAAGAAUGAGAAAUUUAUUUGGAAAAGAUAAGGAAAGAUGUCUCUGUACAGAGAAGCAAAGCUGUCUGUCUAUUGGUUAUAAUAUUGUUUUUUUUGUUAUUAUUGUAUUUAUUUUAUUUGAGGGUAUAAAAUUACAAAUGUGAAUUUUAUAGGGAUUCCUUUAGUUUUAAAUAUUCUGUUAUUGUUGAAUGUAUUUUACUUUCUUAUUUGAUAAUAUAUAGUUCCUUACUGUAGACUUUUACAUUAUUAUAAUUUUUUUUUUUCUAAUUUACUUUUAUUAUUUUAUUAAUUAAACCUUUUAAAUGACCCAGAUUUGUUUUAUUAUUAUUUCUCCAGUAUGUAUAACCUAUAUCCUGUAUUAUAACCGAGAUAUUAAUAUUUUGCAAUAAAAAAUGUUUUUUAGUAGCAUGAA